AUGGGGAACACUAUCCAAAAGAUCGAGGAGCUGCUGAAGCCGGACGGGAUCUCACAACCGAUUACACUCGGUUGGGAGGAGUUUGCCGGGUAUAUUUGCGAGAUGAAUAGAAAAUGUCGAAAUCAAGUCAAAGAUGGGGAAUACAUAUUUUUUGCUUUGAAAAAAGAUACGAUGGAUACGCCAAAUUGGAAAUCUACAGUCAGAAUUUGUUGUUUAAAGAUGGACGAAAAAUCAAACAACGUAAAAUCCUAUCGUCUUUUCAACCUCACCGAAUUUUUGAACGUCUACCGAUCGUAUCUAGUGCUUCUGAAGCCCGCCAUUGGAGCCGAACCUCCAGUUGCUGAGGAUUUAAUGACGCACAGCAUCAUGAUCCUGGGAGAGACCGCCAUUGCUGAUGGAACUUGUGCCAUUUGUAUGGAACGGCCAAACGAGACCCUACUACCCUGUUUGCACUCAUUUUGUACUGUUUGUAUCACGGAAUGGUUCGAGUAUCGGCCGCGAUUCAAAUGCCCACUCUGCAAAGAAUCCAUCCGAGACCCACUCGCCGACAGUUGGGAGGUUGCCGACGCCCCCACCGAUGCACAAAUCCAAGAAUAUUUCUUGGGGAUUGUUGACACUGCCAAUCAC